AUUAACUUCCUGGUUGGCGAGACAUCACAAAAUGUCGAAGCGUUCAGCUUGUCUACUUCUCGUCGCAUCAUUGAUUUGUUUUAAAACACACUCAGUGUCAGGAGCCUGCCUAUCUGGAACUUAUGGGUUGGACUGUAGCUACACGUGUCACUGUGACGUAUCCAUAUGCGAUGCUGUCACAGGUUGUUCUAGUCACUGCAACAAAUGAUGGUUUGGACCUAAGUGCACAACAGAAAAUGUAGCUUUAUUCAAAACUACCUACCAGAGUUCAUACUAUACUGGCAUUCCGCCGAGUUCGUCUGUACUUGCUGUAGAUGGCAAGCGUAAGACUGAUGGGGCAACAGCUUGCAUACUAACAGAUGCACAGCCAUACACGUGGUGGGAAGUAGACUUGGGGAGAAACUACUACAUAUACAAACUAGCUAUAUACUUCCGGACCGAUUUACCUGAAUGCUACAGCAUUGUCAACAAGAAGGCUAUAUACUAUGGUACAAAACGGACAACAGCCUCGGGGAUUUCGUGUCAGAGGUGGGACAAGCAGACUCCUCACAAGCACGGCAACAACAACUCGGACUACUUCAUAGAUGCUUCGUUGGCUGCAGCAGAGAACUUCUGUCGCGACCCUGACGGCGAAGGUUCCCCAUGGUGCUACACUGUAGAUCCGAAAAUUAGAUGGAGUAGUUGCGGCGUUCCGUCUUGUGCAGACACAGUACAUAAAAGUGGUGUAAAUGUAUACAGUUCUCUGUCUGCUAACCAGAGUAAUACUGGACACCUUUGUGGACACACUACAUCAAGUAGUCCAGAUAUAACACGUCUGACCUGCGACGACACCGCUAGAUACAUUACACUGUACAGAAACACAGGACGUAGUAACUCAAUAAUGGACUUUUGUGAAAUUGAAGUAUAUGUCUGUGAUGCUGGCACUUUCGGUGAUGACUGCACCUCGUCCUGUCACUGUCUGAGUGGACCGUGUAACUACACAACUGGAGAAUGUACUGGAGGAUGUAAAACAAACUGGACUGGACACACGUGCAGUGUUCAUGUUUCUAGCCUGUGAUUCCAUUCACUAUGGUAAACUGUGUAGUGAAGACUGUUCCACUAGACAUUGUAGUGGAUCAUCAUCGUGUGACAGGAUCACAGGACAGUGUGACAAUGGCUGUACAGCAGGAUGGAUCAAAGCAGACUGCAAGACAAAAUGUCCACAUGGUCGAUAUGGACAGGGAUGUCGAGGUAUCUGCAAAGACAGACAUUGUCAUGGGAACUCAGAUUGUGAUCACGUGACUGGAGAGUGUGUCAGGGGCUGUGAUAGAGGAUAUCAUUCGCUCGACUGUACAAUCCCAUGUCAGGCUACCUAUGGAUUUAACUGUAACAAGUCGUGUGAUGCCAGACACUGUCGUGGUAGUAAGGACUGUGACGUGUUUUAUGGAAACUGUACAGGUAGUUGUCAAGCUGGCUGGGAGUUACCUGACUGCACAACUGAAUGUCAAGGUGGUACAUUUGGGCCCGGAUGUCAGUCAAAGUGUAGUGAACGACACUGUAAAGGAGACAGCUCAUCUUGUGAUGCUCAGAAUGGUUCAUGUCAGCAUGGCUGUCAGCCGGGAUGGAAGAGUCCAAGUUGUAACACCCAUUGUAAUGCAGAUCAUUAUGGUCAGAAUUGUGAAUCAAUAUGUGCAGACAGACAUUGCAAGGGGGGGGGGGGGGGGGACUCUAUCAUCAUGAACUGGGAUACUGCAGUGGCGGGUGUCUGCCAGGGUGGAGAGGACUUGCAUGUGUUGAAGCCCAAGCCGCUACAGACUGUAACGGUGAUUCCGCCAUUGUUGCCAUUUCCGUUGUGGCUGGGGUGCUUUUUGUACUGUUGGUCAUAGUGACGAGUGUUUUAUUCUGGCACAUUAAAACUCACAGAAUGAAGUCAGACUCGUAUCAGCAAGAGAUGAGAAAAACAAACACGAACCCAUCCAGCCAUCCUACAGACCCCAGUGCUGUAGAAUAUGAAAUCGUCGAUAGACAAGAUGGCGGCCACAACAGUCCCAGAGGUUCCAGUUCCCAAGACGUCGCCAUGUCUCACUCGACCAAUUAUCCAAGAUCACGUGAUCAAAUGGAUGCCCAACCGAGUAAUUUUGACAUUGGAGGUGGCUAUGUUAAUGCAGGCCAAACGAAUGAAUACGAAAAGCUUGAUUUAUCCAACCCACCGGAAAAUGACUACGAUAGGAUAACUGGUGUUUAGACAAACGGCAAAUAAUAUUCCUGACGAUAUCAACAUUCGGUUGACGAACGUUCAGACUUUGACCUUGCGGUUUUAAACAGGUAUUGUCAUUAUGAGAUUUAUUACACAACGACUCGAGAUAUCGAACUAGAAUGUUGUGUGUAACUUUAUCGUGUGUGGUUACGGGUCAAGUUUGAUUUUCAUGAGGAUUUUGCCGUGUUUUAACAGUUACGGCCUUUAACUUUAAACGAAUCCUAAAGAAAUAAUCGAACAAAGAUACAUAAAAAAACAUGGCGUGUGGCACUCUAUUAUACUCAGAUACAAUGUAUUUUCCACACAAUCCUAAUUUCGUAUACUACAAUUUUUUGUUGUUGUAAUUUUGACCCCCUAAACGCAAUUUCGCAGAUGGCCAACAUAUAUGUGUGUUUUUUUCCUUCAGCACCCCAAAAACUAAGGCUCUUUUUCAGCCUCUGCUGCAGGACUAUUUACCAAUGUAAAGAUACAAAUGUUACAAUAUAUGCUAUGUUUAAGAGGGAUUUUGUAGUCGAAGAAGAAAUAUUUCAACAAAAUAAAAUGCUGUUUUGUAUUCGUAGAAACAAUGUUUUUAUAAACUAAAGUUACUUUUGCCAAAAAAAACAAAUACACGGAAAACAUGCGAAUUACCUUCCCGACCUUCCAAUAAUAAUAAAAAAGCAAGCCAUAACAAAUUAGAAGGCCUUGGUAUGUGUUAUCCUGUCUGUGGGAUGGUGCACAAAAAAUAUAUUUCUCUACUAAUUUAAAAUUACCAUAUGU